CUAUAUAAGAGUGAGGGACUACUCAGAUGGUACCCGUGUUUGGAGAGUGUUUGACUUCAAAUAUUAUUCAAUCUCUCUCCAAGCAGACUUUGGUUUAGAGAGGGAGAGAAGUAGGGAAAAAACUGCUGAAGGCCCUGGUUUUGGGAUUUGCUGGUUUGAUCAUUGUCGAUUGACAAAUUGAAAUUUGUUACCGUUUGUUGUUGAAUGGGUCUCUCUUUUUCCUUACUCUUUUCUGCGUGGAAUGGAACCCUGAGGUACAUGUUUUCUGGUUUAACGGACACCAUUGAAACAGUCAUUGCAAGGUCCCCAAGCUUCAAGAAAGAAGAUUCAGAAAUCGUUAACAAGGGGUUAGAUAAAUUGGUUAUAGAAAGGUCAAUGAGCUUCCAAAAUUGGGAAUCCAAGGAAGUAAACCUUGAAGCAUCUGAUUCAAUCUCCUCAAUGGGUAAAAAUCAUGAAAAAAUGAAGAUAAAGAAGCCCAAUCUUUUGCUUCCUGAACUAGUGAUAUUGUUUUCUCCAAAGCCGGUUAGUGAGCUUGAUGCUGCUGCAACUACGCUUCAGAAAGUCUACAAGAGUUAUCGGACUAGACGGAACCUUGCAGAUUGUGCAGUUGUGGUUGAGGAACUCUGGUGGAAGGCCUUAGACUUUGCAGAUCUUAAACGGAGCUCUGUAUCUUUCUUCAACGUUGAAAAACCAGAAACCGCUGUGUCACGGUGGUCACGCGCCAGGACAAGAGCUGCCAGGGUUGGAAAAGGUUUAUCUAAGGAUGAGAAGGCUCAGAAAUUAGCCCUGCAACACUGGCUUGAAGCUAUCGAUCCACGCCAUCGGUAUGGACACAAUUUACACUUCUACUAUGACGUCUGGUUCGAUAGCAAGAGCACCCAACCUUUCUUCUACUGGUUGGAUGUUGGUGAUGGUAAAGACCUAACUCUUAAAAGGUGCCCAAGGACUGAUCUACAACGUCAAUGCAUUGAGUAUCUUGGACCAAAAGAGCGAGAAGCAUACGAAGUGAUUGUAGAGAGUGGAAAGCUUCUCUACAGGCAAACUGGGAUGCUUCUUAACACAGUUGAGGGUUCUAAGUGGAUUUUUGUGCUCAGCACCUCUAGGGCUUUGUAUGUGGGGCAGAAGAAGAAGGGUGUUUUUCAACACUCAAGUUUUCUAUCAGGAGGUGCUACAACAGCAGCAGGGAGAUUAGUUGCCCAUGAUGGGGUACUCGAGGCUAUAUGGCCAUAUAGUGGUCACUAUCUCCCAACCGAAGACAACUUCAAGGAAUUCCUUGGUUUCCUCGAGGAGCACCAUGUAGACCUCACCAAUGUUAAGAGGUGUGCAAUGGAUGAUGACAACCCGUCCUUCAAAGUUAUUGGCCAGAAUUCUAAGGCAGAUGCCGUCAAGGUUCUCUCAUCAACUAGUGAUGUGAAUGAGACUAUAAAGGAUAUAUCCAUCACAACAAAUCAUGAGCAGGAGAGUAUGGAUUCCAAGGCAGCCAAACCAGAAGCACCAGUAUUCAACAUGCCUAAGCGUUUGUCUUGCAAGUGGACUAGCCCAGUUGGUCCUCGUAUUGGAUGUGUGAGGGAGUACCCAAUUGAGCUACAGUCCCAAGCACUCGAGCAAGUCAAUCUAUCACCCAGGGUCACACCCGGCCGUUCCCCGAGCGGUGUCCCAAUCCCUUCGCCGCGACCCAGCCCAAAGAUCCGGGUCUCGCCUAGGCUCGCCUACAUGGGUUUCCCUAGCCCAAGGGUACCCGUUAGUACUGCUGCUAAUUAAACUCCAGGCAUUCCCACAAAGGGAUUCGGAUUCAACAUCUUUGGCAGGAUGGGCACUUCUUGUGCUCCCAAUAAGAGUUCUUUAGAGCAGAAGGGUUUCAGCAAAGGAGCUGAAGGGCCUAGCAAAAAAUUUAUCAUUCUUUCAUAUUUUUUUUAACCUGAUUUUUUGUCCCUAAAAUAAGCCAACUAGUAUGAUCUCCUGAUGGGGAUCAUUGAUCCGUUCUCUUCCCGGAGUUGUAAACAUAUAUGCGGCGAUAAUCAAAUAAAGCUUCUUCCCCAAUUUUUGGCUA